UUAACACAAUUGAAAAUAAUCGAAAACAGUCGAAAACCAAAUCUCACUCUUCCUCCUCAAAACAUCGCAGAUUUUGGGAGCAGAAGUAAAAAGAGAGAGAGAUCAAAAACAUGGCGGAAGAUCUAGUGUUAGAUACAGCCAUUAGAGACUGGGUAUUAAUACCUUCAUCAGUAGUCAUGGUUCUCAUUGGUAUCCUUCGUUAUUUCGUCUCUAAACUCAUGCGUACCUUUCAAACCCCUGAUGGAAAAAUCGUCAAAGAAGGGCAAGUGGUAAUUAGGGCUAGGAACUUAAGGUCUGCUGCUGAUUUCAUCCCCCCCAAGUCUUUUCGUGCUCGUCGAUUCUAUUACAGCAAUGAGGAAAAUGGACUUCUACAUGUUCCCAAAGGGCAAGGUCAAAAUCCUCAAGCUCAAAUGUUCUCUGAUCCAAACAUGGCCAUGGAUAUGAUGAAGAAGAAUCUAUCAAUGAUUAUACCUCAGACUCUCACUUUUGCUUGGGUGAACUUCUUCUUCUCUGGUUUUGUUGCAGCCAAAAUCCCAUUUCCCCUGACUCAGAGGUUCAGGUCGAUGCUUCAGAAUGGUAUAGACUUGAGCACUGUUGAUGUGAGUUAUGUCAGCAGCCGAUCAUGGUAUUUCCUCAACCUGUUUGGACUACGGGGUUUGUUCAGCUUAAUUCUAGGGGAGGAUAAUGCUAUGGAUGACACUCAACGCAUGAUGCAAAUGGGUGGUUUUGGCUUUGACUCAUCAAAGAGCUUGGGCGCUGAGAAAGACGGGCUUGACAUUGUUCAGCAUGAAUGGGUCCUUCCUAAAAUUGAACAGCGAGCUGCAGCGGUGCUUAGGAAACUUGCCAAGUCAUGAAUAGGUUAUCUAAACCUUCAUUAGAUAUCUUCAGAAUUCAGAAUUUGUAAUCAAAAUUUGUACAUUAAGCUGAUAUUUUUACUGGUUACAAUCAAAAUUUGCAGUAGGAGGGUGCCCCAGUUUUUUGUAAUUUGAAAGAGCCUUUUGUAAUGCUCUUGUUUUGCUCAAUUACUAUUUAUUUCAACUUUUAUUUGGAAUAAAUUGUAAUAAUUAUUUUAACUCAGAUGCACGACGUUUUUGCUUCACGAAUGUGCGAUUGUAUAAGAAAUUGUGUUCUUGAUUGUGUUAGCAUGUGUGCGAAUCUAAGUCAUAGUUUCCCAGUGAUCAUCUUC